AUGGCAGCCGACGCCACCACGGGCCUUCUAAAGGCCCUGACCUCGGUGGUCGUGGUCAUUGUGGCAGGCUACUUCUUGGCUAGGCUGCGCGUCUUGACCCCUGAUGCGCAAAAGACUUUGGGAAAAUUGCUUAUUUACGUCUUCCUCCCAGCCCUCAUUUUCACGGCCAUGGCCACGCUUGAUCUCAGCUCCGUGGACUGGUCGCUUUUCUUGGGCGUUCUUGUUGGCAAAAGCAUUGUCACUUUCGGAACUGCCCUUAUCACCGUCAUUGCCACACAGUAUCCCGCUGGUCUGGUGCGCUACCUUUACAUCUUUGCUCCCAUCACUUUCCUGGUGAUCCUACCCACCAUGGUCACCAUGCUAGAGUACGCUGCCGAUAAAAUAUCGCGGCAGUCAGCCCACAUUGGCGGCAGCGACACACCCCUAUCGGGCUCGAUUCAGUCAACUACACCCCGCCCUGUUCGACGCCGCCGUCCCAUCGCCCUCGUUGUGGCCCUCAAAGUCCUGACAACGCCCCCGGUCGUCGCCACCGUGCUGGGCCUGGCUGCCAACUUUGCAUUCAAGCAAAACCCCUCUGAUUAUAUUUCUCAGCCUCUUGACCUCUUGGGCAGCGCCUUUAGCGCCCUCGCUCUUCUCAACCUCGGCGCCAGCAUCGUCGGCAAACUGCACGUCCUGCGCGGGCAAUCCCUCGUCACCAGCAUCCUCCUGGUCAUGGCCAAAUCCUUGCUCAUGCCCAUUGUCCUGGCCCUGAUGCUCAGCUUUUUUCAUGACACGACGAUCGUGCUGCUAUCCCCCUUCUCGCCUCACGUGAACCGCCUCCGCUUUGUCUGGGCUUGCGUCAUUCAGUACACGGAUGACGACGGAACCGAGUACAAGAUUAGUCUGUUUGCCUUUGUAUAUGGAACAGUGCCCUCGGCCCCCGGCGCCUUUGCAUUUGCCAUCACCUACGGCGCAGACGUCGCGCUGAUUGGCGCCACUGUCAUCCUCAAUAACAUCUUGGCGGCACCCCUGAUGUUUGUAUCCGCCAAAAUGGCCGCCAUCACCCUGGACCGCAUGUGCCAAGAGGCUUACUUUGACACCGUGUAUCACGCCGGCACUGAUGUUGGCUACGGCGGCGCCAUCAUUGGAUUUGGCUUUAUCGUCCUGUGCAUCAUGAAUAACAAGUGGCAGACCGUGCGCCAAUUCUGCAUCUUCAAUCUUGCCGUCGCAGCCUUGGGGUUUGCCAUAGCUUCAGUCUCUUGUGAAGCACCGGCCAAUGUGGUGCCUUGCAACAUAAGAUUCUCGUUUGUUUGGUUCAUGCUUCAUGGUGUUCGGGUGUGGGGCGCACUUCUAGCCUUUAAUGAGCUCGGCAACUAUGCGAGCGGGGAUCGCAUCCCCCAAUUUUUGUCGAAGAAACUUGUUGCACUUUUGGGCUGGGGUAUCCCUGCCUUGCUCGUGGGCAGCAUGUGGUUGACCUUUACCGACACUGGUUCGGGCGCGGGCAUGUACUGCUGGUUUCGCACAAAGCGAUCACCCUUUGUUUUUAGCGUGAUCUUGUUGAUCAUGACGACGGCCACCGUCAUUACUUGCAUCAUGCUCAUCAUGCGGCGUCGGCGACGCGCAGACUUGGCCGCUGAAGCCCUGCCCCAAACCGAUGAUGAGACGGCGAGCCUACUGGGCAAGCAUAGCGCGAGCUCAUACAACGGUGACGACGUAAGCGUUGUGCCAGUUCAGCGGAAUGGGAGUCGAAGUGACGACGCAAUGUUGAACUUGGACGACGAGCUGGACGAGGACAGCAUUUUUGAGGCAGACGACCAGCUUGUUGAUGAAGCUGCAGACCAAAUGACCUCGUCAGGCUCAAACAGUGGCGACGCCCGUACGCUCUACUAUCUAGGCGUGACAGUUGUCUGCAGUCUAAUCGACUUGGCUACCUCGGCUUGGACGACCACACUUUCUACGCGGGAUGGCGUGUAUGUGGAGCUGAUGUUUCUCAACUACGUGCUGAUUCAUGGUCAAGGCCUUGUGCUCUUUGCCUUCUUUGGCACCGAUGGCGCCUUGUUCCGGUCUCUGCUCAGGCACAUGGGCAAGCUGCAACUGUAUUUGCGGCGCUGCAUGUACGAUGUUGAGAUUAUUGAGUACAGUGAUGCCAACCCAUUUGACCUCGUCGACUGCGACGAAAUUCGGCACAUUAUUGCGCGCGCCAGCCGUGACCUGCCGACCUUGCGCCGCUAUCGCCUAAAGGCCUAUCGAGACGUCAUGCGAGGCAGCGAUUUCGUUACAUAUCUAGUGCGGCAUGGUGCAGCGCGAGACCGCGAGCACGCCACCAGCAUCGGCCGAGCGCUUCUAAGCAGCAAGGUUCUUGCACACGUGACAAAUGAGCAUCACUUUCAUGACGCGCCAUACUUUUAUCGAUUCAGUGAGACAACGUUUGAGUGCUAUUGCGGCCCCUGCACGGAAGCACGCGACGAAGAGACGCAGACCGGCGGUGCAGCUGCAGCUGAAAUGACGCAAACGGCGCAUGAUUAGACCCGUGGCAUGUGUUUUACAGCUCGUCAUGGGCAUGCCACAGGUGACCAUAUCCUCGACGCUGCAGAACCUGAUGCACGGCCUCUGCCACCUGAGCCGCCUUUGCAGCCGUGGCCUGGUACGUCAAGUGAUAAAAGGUUUUCAACUUGAGGAACGAGAACGUAAUCAUUUUCCAAUGCCAUGGCGAGAUAUCCAAAGCAGCGAUUGCAGUGUGGGUCCAUGGCAAAUUCCAUGACCGUGGCAUCAGGUGCAUAAAUGACGUUGGUCAAGCCAGCACCAUGGGGGCCAAUGAUGAUAACCGCUCGACCAAAAUACUCCAUGUGCCAACGCACAUGAUUGGCUACAUUUGCAGGCGUUUCAAACACCUAAGGAAGAGCCAAACACACGUUCGACAAGAGGAAAUUGGCAUUGAGAUACAGCAGCUUGGCCGUAUC